AUGCAGAAGUUGGAUCUGCCCGUGGAUAUGAAGGAGGCGACCGUGCUGCAGAGGAGAAGGGAUGCCGAGCUGCAGAGGCAGAGCCGGGUCUUCGACGCCAGAGUCAGGACCAUCGGGGUUGAUAAAGAUGCCUUGGAUCACCAAGUACGUGAUACGAAAACGCUGGAGCAGACUGAAAACCAAAGACAAGAGGCAUUUGAUGCACAGAUGGUGCAGAAUGACAAGAUCACCUGCUUAUUAGAUAACCGACAAAAGGAGGAAAUCCAAAACCUAAAUAAAGCCGUCAAUGAGUUUAGGCUCUGCUUCCAGAAGAAAGAGGACCGCAGAGAGUUUGAUCUAUAUGACCCGCAGGUCUUAAAUAAAGAACUGCCAGCGCGGGUGUCUGAUGAUGAUCCUCGCUGCACUGUUUCUGGGGUGCAGAAGCUUAUGGGGGAAGAUUUAACAGAAAGGAACAGAAGGGAUGCACAGCAAGAGCAGCUGAGAGAAUGGUCCCUCCAGCAACAGAGGGAGCGACAAAAUGCAUUAAAAGACAAGAGGCUUGCUGAUGGUCUCUAUGACAAACACAGAAUUGAGCUUGAUAAGAAAGCAAUGGAAUUACAAAGAAUGGAAGAAAAAGCCAGGCGGGAUAUCUGUACUUUCACAAAGGAGUUCAAUAAAGUCCAGGUGGAAGAAUCAUUAGAAAGAAGAAAGUUAGAGAAGCAACAGGAAGAAGAGGACAAUUCUGUAGAAAUCUCCAACCUCGUUGAAGGAGACCUUCUUUCUGAAAACCCCGCCCCCAGCAAUAAAUGCAUUUGGCCCACAUCGCAUAGUUGCUGAUCGCUGGAAAGGAAUGAGACCAGAACAGCUGGAGGAAAUUAUUAAUGGUCAGCAGCAACAGAUACAGGAAAAGAUGAGACUGAAGGAAGAAGAGAGACAAAGGCAGGCAGAGUGGGACCGCAGAAGGGCACAAGAAGCCCGAGCCAUGGUGCUACUUGAAAGACAACAAAAACGUCAGGAGAAGGAACUGCGUAAAGAGCAGGAUCACAUCAACCUGCAGUUGGCACAGGCCCACAAAGCCCAGAAAAAUUACUUCAACAAUGAGGUCUUCACUAAUGUGCCAACCGGUGCUUAUUUUGACCAGUUUAAUACAACUAGCCGAUGA